AUGGCGGCGGGCGGGAGGGCGCCGGGCCUGUGGGAGCGGGUGUGCGCAGAGUAUGAAGCAGAACAGCCUCAAUUUCCAGAUGUUCGUGAAUCCAAACAUGGAUCUGUAUCUUUAGAAGCAGGAAUAUUGCAGCCCUCACAUAUGGAACAAUUUCAUUCAGCUCCUGAAGCUGAUACUGUUAUCCAACAGUUGCUCCCCAUACCCCAAGCAGCCCUACUUCCAGAACCACCUGAUCCCAAAACAUGUUCUCCUGGAGAAUACUUAGAGUAUUUCAUAUUCCCAGUGCUCUUACCUGGAAUGGCUGAGCUUCUGCAUCGGGCAAAGAAAGAAAAGUGUUUUGAGAGAAAAAGGACCAAAUUUAUUGCCUGUGAUUUCCUAACAGAGUGGUUAUACAACAAGAACCCAAAGAGGAAAGACGAGUCAUUCACAGAAUUCUUUUCCAUUCCUUUUGUUAGAGACUGGCUGAAGGACCAUCCUAGGCCCCCAACUCCCCUGUCUCUCCGUCUGUCAGAAGAAGAAGCAAGCAUAGUAAUUCAGUCCUUCUGGAGAGGCUAUCGGGUCCGCUGUGGCAGUGAAAUACAAGAGCUACGGCAGUGGCAAAAGCAACUGAGAGAGGUCAAAAACAUCACUAAGGUAGUGGAAGAAUUCUGGGCUAAGCAGGAAGCCAAAGAGAGUAACAUAGUGGGAAUUCCUCCUUCUUCUUUCACUAUCACUCUUACACUCUGUAUUGCUAGUUUUCAAAGUGUGCUAGGAUAG